AGUGAUCAUUCGCCCGUUCGUCUGGUGCGGACGUCUCGUUUCGAUCCCGUGCCGUAAUAAUAGUAUUGUAGUCUCUCGAUCAGAUUUCGAUCGUAUAUCGCUUUUCUGUGUUCAUUGAUAUUACCUACACGUCGCCGUAGCCCACACCGUCAUAUUUACGUAUCUCCGUCAACUCUGCGUGCUGUGUGCGCGAGUCCUUUUCGUUCCGUUCGUUUAACAUUAUUGUAUUAUUUUCGACUUCUACGAAAUUAAUAAAUCGUAUUACAUUAAUAAUAUUAUACUACGCUUUACACACGUCUCUUGUAUUUUUUCUAUAUAAGCCCAAAAUACCUAAACGGUCGUCAUGGGUCUGGCGUCGUAUUUAACGGUGGCCAACAUCGCCGUGCACGUGCUCGGCACUAUCACGUUCGUCUUCUCCGUCUACUAUAACUACGUUCACGUCAACAUACCCACGCACGUGAAUCCCAUCGACGAUGCAUUCGGCGGGAAAUUCAAAUACCUCACGUUUUUAGACGGAUGUUUCCAAGCAUUGUUUUUCCUAUUUGCAUUGAUUGUGGACAUAUUUCCGUUGAUUUUCCCUACUAAAUCAUCGAUUUUGGAAACACUAUCUCAAGUGAAAAACUUUUUCUUUGCCAGCAUCGCUUUUCCACUAAGUAUGUUUGUGUCUACAACCUUUUGGAGCUUAUGGUUUAUCGACCGUAGUCUGGUGAUGCCUAAAGAUAUAGACUUAUAUUUUCCAAUGUGGCUGAACCACACAAUGCAUACAUUCGUAUUCGUAUUCACCUGUCUAGAAAUGGUCACCGCCUACCGACCAUAUCCAUCCCGUAUUUUCGGAAUGACCACACAUAUUUGUCUGCAGUUAUCUUAUUUAAUAUGGAUUCACAUUGUAUAUAGCCAGUGCCAUAUGUGGGUGUAUCCGAUCCUUACUCAGUUGAGCCUGCCAUUGAGAUGCUUAUUCUUCCUGGGCACGUUUGUGUACACAUCUGUCUUAUACAUGGUUGGCGAAUAUUUCAACAAGUUUGUCUGGGGCUAUCAACCUCAAAAGGUUCAAGAAAAACGACAAUAAUACGCGAUAUAACUAUACAAACACGUUGAUCAAAAACGCAUUUCAUAGUAUAAUUAAGUUAUAUAACAAAACCAUAUUCUGAUAUUCACCAUUGUACAUAUUCUUAUCAACGCUUAAUUUGCUUAUAAUUAAUGCAUGCAUUUAAUUUAAUGUUUUGGUUUGACUAAUUUUGUUAUGCACUCAUAUAUUUUAUAUAUUUAACAGAUUGUAUAUUAUUAACAUUGUUACAGUGUCAUUUAUAUAGACUUGUACGAUCUAUAGUAUUGUUACCUUGUACCAGUUAUACAUAGGUACUCAUAAUAAAUACCUAGUUGUAAGGUUGUGUAAUACAUUUAGUCAUUUUUUAUUAUUUAUUUAUAUAAUAUUGGUCGUUGAUUCUAAGCAACAUAAGCAAAUUUAAAUUCAUAAUUCAAUUUUUUUUUUAUCAUUGUCUAUAAUAAUCAUAGCUCACAAUACGCCUGAAGUUUGUAACCUCGCUCAGCAUGAUAUAUCUGUGUUUUAAUUGAAUUGAGCGUUCCGGUAUUGUCAAUAAGCCAAUGUAAAUUUCAAUUGAUUACAAUUUUUAUUUCAAAGUUUGUAUAACAAUAAAUAAUUAUAGGUUUAAGAUAUAUUAUAUGAGCGGACGUCCGAUUUAGCAUUGAUCAACUACGAAUAAAGUGCCUAUUAUUGUUUCAACGAUAUUAUAAUAGACGCGUUUAACGAUCAUAAU